GGCUAAUGGCUUCUUUAUCCAAGCUGUUGGUAUACUAAAUAUUUUAUUUUUAUAAAAUUGUGAAUUGCGAUAUCCAUUCCAUUGGAACUUUAGUUAACUACUAUAGUUAUUUUGUUAAUAUUAAAUUAAAUAUGUUAGCAGAGUGGAUCCUGUGGUUUCAUGUAACAACUGGGUAUACAUUUCGAACACAGUAAAAUUUUGCGAAAAAGUCAUCACUGCGACUUUUAAAGUUUCCGUGUUUGAAGACUGAAGAAAGAAGAAUUAUUGAAAAAAUAUAAGUGAUUAAAGUUUAUGAUUAAUCUGUGGUCAUAAACUGCCAAGUGUUUAGUGUCUCAAGAUGGACCUUCCGGACUGCCCUCCCGGAGCAGAGGGCUAUGAAGAUUCUGUAAUAGAAGUACCUAAAAAGUUUGAAGUUGAUGAAUCAACAUCUGUUUGUACUAAGGCUGAGCAAGAGUUCCAGCAACAUCUAAACAGUUUGAAGGUCAAGACUGAAGAUGGAAGCUUCCGUUGUAUGGUGGAACGUCGCGGGCGCGAUAUCUCCGGCAAGUGGAUAUACUUGUGCUAUCCGUGUGCGGCUAUGUGCAGCGGAGAGAGCAUUUUACAGACUCACAUAUCGGGAAAGAAGCAUAAAACUAAGCUGUCCAUGAAGAAUGUUUGGCCACUGAGUAUUUUUGAGGAACAUCCAUAUGUGUUGAAUGAAAAAGGCAAUACUAAGACUGCAGCAACGGAGAAAGUGCUGCAGAAGAUGGCGGAGGAGGUAGAGAUUUACAAACAGAACCCCUCGGAACUGGAUCUGAAGUAUGAGAAGUACCGUAACGUGGUGUGCCACAUCCAGGAAACACUAGAUAACGUCAAGGCGCCAUUGCUCGGUAUAGAGUAUCUGGUGGAACACCCCCCGGAGCAGGCGCACCACGAGCCCUCGUACAUCUGCGUGCUAUGCGUCAAGCAAGGCUACCCUCGUACGAUCGUCAACCAUCUCACAUGCUUCUGGCACCGAUACAACUAUCUCCUGCGCCACUUCAACAAGGCGUGCACGCUGCUGACGCCGUACCGCGGCCACGCCAAGUACCGCGAGGGCGUGGCCGUCAUCAUCAACCGCCUCGCCACGCGCAUACAGGACAAGUACGGCCGCCUGCACCCCAUCAACAUCGACAAGGAGGAGUACGAGAAGGACAGAAAUCAAAUUCAUCAAUGGAUCUUUCGAGGCUACCACUUCUGUGAAACUGAUGAUUGUACAUUCGAGGAAGUUGUCGAUGCAGAUUUAAUAACGUCUCUUGAUUCAUCAAGCAAGAUUAGUGGAAGAAAAGCUCGUGACCCGUCACCCCCCGUCGUCGCCGCACCUUCUAAACCACCUAAUUAUAUUGCGCGCCGCGCGCCCGCCGCCGACGCGCUGUCCGACGUCAGCGACGAGCCCGAGCCGCGCCGGGACAGCAGGAGUAAAUUGGAGUCGAAGCGCUAUGAACCGUACCCUGACAAGCGGACUACGGAGAGUUCGUUCCGUUCACGUUUUGCCAUACGGAAUACUAAGGCCAAGUCUCAAGAGAAGACAGCGGAGCGCCAGCACGCCAGCGCGACGGCCCGCGCCGCGCCGCGCGCGCCCAACUACGAGUACAAGGUGAAGCUGGCGGCCGAGCAGCGCGCCUCGGCCGAGGAGCUGGCGCGCAAGGCGCUCGCCUACCACGAGAAGAACCCGGAGAAGCAUCCCUUCUAUCCCGACGAGUGGAAGAAGUUCUGGAACCGACGGUACAAGGAAAUACAGGCCGAGGGCAAAGACCCGACCAAGCACGACUUUAAGCCGGAAUGGAUCGUAUUCUGGACGGGGCGCAUGAAAGAAUUGCACGAGGAGGAGCUGCGCGCAACCGUCACUGAAAUCUAUCGACGCAUGCGACUUACACCGCCCGAUCGCGUCGACAGCAAGAAGUCACAAGAGCGUAGAAAGACACCUGAACAUCGUAGGACUCCUGAUCGUCACAAGUCGUCGGAUCGUCGGCGGUCACCAGAACCGCGACAUCGAUCUCCGUUGCCUAGGAGGCGAAGUCCGGAACCUAGGAGACGCUCACCUCCUCAUAGGAGGAAUUCUCCGGAGACCAAACGCAGAACACCCGAUUAUAGAGAACGAAGGUCUCCCGAACGUCGCUCGCCACCGCGGCGUCGCUCUCCGCUACGUUCAUUACGUACACGCUCCCGCAGUCCGAUACAUAAACCAGAAAGCAGUCGACGUGGAGCGAUGCCCGCAGCGCGUCGCGCGCGCAGCCCGCUGUCGCGUCGGGCGUCGGCGCCGCGCAACCACAGCCCCGCGCGCACACUGCUCACUGAUACCGUACUCAUAUCGGAUGAAGAGCUGAAACCUGACGACGGCUUAUCCCCGUGGAAUUCUGACGAUUCGCUGGGCUCGCUGCCGGAUGCUCGCUCGCCCAUAGCUCUGAGCUCGCGCACCGGUAGCGUGGCAUCCCGCAACUCACGUCGGCACGAUGUCUACCGUGACAAGGGUUCCGCGCCGCAAGAUUUUGGGUCAGCAGAGAACGUGGUCGCAACACUGAGGUUGCUGGUAGCGCUUGAAGAUUACCUCGGUAGCUUGGGUCCUAAGAUCGUCGACUUACUUGCUGAGGCUUUGAAGAUGGAAAAGGAUAAAGCAAACUCAUCUGAGGAGUUGCUGGUGACCGAGAGAGCGGUGGUGCUGAUCGAGACUGCGAAGGAGAAGCUGAAGGGCGCGGUGCAGGCGGGGCUGGUGGCGGGCAGCGCCGCCGCCGCCGUGCGCUCGGCCGUCGUGCGCGCCGCCGCCACGCUGCACGAGGCCGACACGCGCAUGAAGAAGCGGAAGCAGCAGGAAGCAUCGAGUGCAAAGAGUAAUGCAGAGGCAGUGCCGGUAGCAGGCGUGGGCGCCGUGGAUCGUGAACAAAUCGCACAACAGAUGGCCGCCGCACUCAUCGCUCAGGGAAAGACAGAUGUGUCAUCAGAAGAGCUCGCGCAUCUUGUCGAUGCAGUGGUUGGAAUGGCUGAAGCAAAGAAGAGAGAAGCAGAAUCAAAGAGAAAAACUGAAGCAAGAGCUGCUAAUGAUGAGUCGACUCGGGCUCCCGCUGGUAGCACUGCUUCUGCCCUACAAAUGCUACAGUCCGCUUACGACGAUAAGAAGGCUGAGAAAGAAGAUGUGCCUGAUGCGAUGGAUGGUUUAUCUGACUCUGAUUUGGAAACAUUAUUAAAGAAUUUUAAUGAACUCUCUGCAGAAGAGCAGCAUAGCCUUAUUGCUUAUCUUAAAAAGCUUGAAGCUCGUGAACCACAUCGCGUCGAGAGAUUAAGGCAAUAUGUAGGCGCUGCGGCCACUAACGCUCCGACCACUGAAGAAAAGCCUCAGUCCGUCGAAAAUAAACCAAUUAAUAUUGCAAGUGACGAUGAUGAUGAUUAUACUGUUGAAGAUGUAUUUAAAUCUGCUACACAAAAAGUAAAAGAAGAUCAAAUUCGUCAAGAAAUGGAAAUAGUUAAGAAGUCUCUUGAAGAGUCAAAAGGUACUCCUGAGGUGAUUGAGUCAAAUGUAGCAACAACUAGUUCGAAAGAUGUGAAAAAAGAUAUUUUUUCGGCAACUGACCUUUUAGCAUUAGUUCAAGCAUCUUUGCAAUCUACACCUGCUCCAACUUCUGCAGCGGCAUCUGAUGUUGUUACUAGUAAUACACAGCCAAGGUCUUUUGGUGAUCUACCUGAACCAUCAUUGAUUGAAAAACCUAAUCCUCUUUUAAAUUCUCAACAAAUGUUUAAUACUCAAACUAUGUCUAAUCAACAAGGUCUCCUUAGAACUCCAAAUAUACCAAAUUAUAGUGGGAACCAAAAUAAUCUAAUUGAAGUACAUACAGUGUGGGAGCCAAGACAAACUUCAGAUAUGACAGGACAAGUUAAUGUACAACAUGACAAUUUUCAUAACCUUGGUUUGAAACAGCAUCAAGAUAGUUAUAAUCAAGGUCUCAAAAAUAGUAGUGAUCAGAACUCAUGUGGAUCACAAGAUAAUUAUAUCCAAGAAACAUGGGAACAUCAAGGAAAUACUAAUCAAGGGUCUAGAAUAGCUCAAGUUAAUUUCAAUCAAGGGUCACAAGGACCACAUGAUAAUUAUAAUCAAGGACUAAGAGGAACACAAGAAAAUUAUAAUCAAGGGUCACCAGGAUCAAAAGAUAAUUACAAUCAAGUAUCACAAGGACCACAAGAUAAAUAUAACCAAGGUUUAAGAGGAUCUCAAGAAAAUUAUAAUCAAGGAUUAAGAGGACCUACAGAUAAUUAUAAUCAGGGGUCAAGAGGAUCUCAAGAAAAUUAUAAUCAAGUAUCCAGAGGACCUCAAGACAAUUAUAUUCAGGGCUCAAGAGGAUUCCAAGACAACUAUAAUCAAGGUCCACGUGGAUCUCAAGACAAUUAUAAUCAGGGGAAUCAUGGACCACAAGACAAUUAUAACCAAGGGCAACAUGGACCUCAAGAUAAUUAUAAUCAAGGACCACGUGGACUUCAAGACAGUUAUAAUCAAUCACAAAACAACUUUAACCAAGGAAUAAGAAAACCUCAGGAUAAUUAUAAUCAGGGGCUUCCCAGUUUACUAGAUAAUUUCAAACCCGGAUCAAGAGGCCAAGAUCAGCCAUAUGGUACAGCAAGAGGUACAAAUAACUCAUUUAAUCAAAGUACUAGAGGCAAUUUUAUGGGUAACAGAAUACAAGACAAUUUUAUUAAUAGGCAAGAUGGAAACCAAGCGCAGCAGUUUGGUGGGCAGAAAUAUGGAAAUUUUGAGAAGAAUAACUUUAGGGGCAGAGGCAGAGGUUUUGCAAAGCAAACAAGAGGUCGUGGCCGCGGUUUUUAUUAAAAACCAUAAAUAUAUAAUAAAAUAUUACUUUAAAAUAUGUGCAUUUUCACAUAAUUAUUUACAGUGUUACAUUUAAUUUCCUGAUUAUAAAGAAUUAAAC